CUGAGUGACAGCGGCAAAAUUACGGAAGUUUCUUGUGCUGAGCUGAGAGUUCGGGCGCUUCCCGCUCCCUGGAACCUUUCCCGGGGGAGUCGGCCGGGGGUCUGAGGUAUCUCGGGUCCUCCCGGGGAAGCUCAGGUGGGAAGCUGGGAGUCCAGUACCGACCUCUUCCACCCAAGUGCGAUUGGCGGGCAGGCGCUGCGUCACCGAAAGUGAAUGGGAUGAGAGGUUUCAGCAACACCAAAAGUGCAGAACAAGGGAUUUGUAAUUCCAAAGCUUGAAGGAUAAGUCUCUUGUCCUUAAGCAGACCCUCAGGGUCGAGGAUGACUUACUUCAACUCUGAUUCUGAUGUGACCGGUAUUGGGCUCUUGGACUCUGCCCCAGGGGGAAGACACGUUUGGGAUUGAGCCACAACAGCUCCUAAAGUGUAGAAGCUUCACGAACUUGAAGACUUCCACAACUGAGCCAGAGAAAUGUCUCAACGAUACUCGGACAGUAACCUCGAAGAAAAGUCCCAGGCCUUGCUGCUGGAACAGAAGUUUGGAUCUGACCUGCAGAUUAACCCUGACGCCGAGAAGUUGAGCCCGACCAAUGGGAAAUGUUCUUUGUUGGGACUGGACAACCCGGCACUGUCCAGCGCCAGCUCCAUGCCGUCGCUUUCAGACGUACCGAAGGUGGUUUUGAGCACAGAGAGCGCAGCGGCAUUGAAGUUGGGAGACCAGCAGAUCAUUCCCAGCAAGCUGGCUGAGAACACCAAGACCAGGCGGCGGCAGGGCAGGUCGCCAAUGGGCAGGCAGGACAGCGGGCGCAGGGAGGUCCGCAGCAUGCCACCCACUGACCUGUACUACGAGGAAGGGAAGGAGGCAGGGGGCUCAGGCGGGACCCUGCAGCGCAAUCGGCGCAAUAAGUCGUACAAAGUGGCGACCGGCGGCUUCACCGACUUCUCAGAUGAGAAGGAACUGUUGCCGGUGCCCACGCUGAUGGCUGUCCCAGAAACGGCAGCUGUGCAACCGGCUCGGAGCCCGGGCAGGACCAAGCGGACUUUGGGACGGAAGAAAGGCCCCAGAAAUCGGAGCUCCUUUAAGGAUGACCCGAGGCUGUACCAGGAGGUGCGGGAGAGGGGCCUGGCCAUCGUUCCGGAAUCAGAUGACGACUUGUUGGACGACACGGAGCACUUGGAAUCCACGGAGCCCAAUGAGAAUAUUGUUGUUCAGAAUUACCGCCCACCACAGAUGACCUGGAGCCAGUUACCACAGGUUUUAGAGAAAGGGAUUCUGCACAGGCUGUCGACUGAGGAACGCAAGAGACAAGAGGCCAUCUUCGAGAUCAUUGUGUCUGAGUUCUCCUACCAGCACAGCCUGAAUGUCCUAAUUGAGAUGUUCAAGAACUCAAAGGAGCUGCAGAAGACCAUGACUACGACUGAACACCACCAUCUCUUCUCCAACAUCUGUGACAUUCAGGAGGCUAGUAAGAGGUUUUUUGAUGACCUUGAAACGCGCCACAAGGAAAAUCCAAUAAUCCGGGAUAUCAGUGACAUUGUGGAACGUCAUGCGUUAGAUCACUUUGAUGCUUAUGUUGUUUACUGCUCCAAUGAAAUCUACCAACAGAGAACCUUGCAGAAGUUACUCAAUUCAAAUUCACAGUUCAAGGAGGUUCUGCAGCAGAUUCAGAGCAAGCCAGAGUGUGGAGGCUUGCCCAUCAUCUCCUUCCUGAUUCUGCCCAUGCAGAGGGUAACUAGGCUUCCACUUCUGGUGGAUACGAUUUGUCAGAAAACCAAUCGUCUUCAAGCGGAAUAUGAUGCAGCCACUCGAGCACUGAAGGCCAUCAGUAAGCUGGUGAAAAUGUGCAAUGAAGGAGCUCGGAAGAUGGAGAGGACGGAGCAGAUGUACACGAUUCAGACACAGCUGGAUUUUGGGAAGAUCAAGGGUUUCCCUCUGAUUUCCACUUCACGAUGGCUGCAGAAGAGAGGGGAGGUACUUACGUUUGUGGAGGAAUCUGGAAUCUUUGGCAAAGUGUUUGGGAAACAAACCUGUUAUUUCUUCCUCUUCAACGAUGUGUUGAUCAUCACCCGGAAACGAAGUGAGGAGAGUUACAUGGUGCAGGACUAUGCCAUGUUGGACCAGCUGGAGGUGGAGGCCCAGGAGAGCAACGACUCCCCCCACUCCCCUCCGGGGAAGGCCACAGGGGGUGGGACACUCCCUCGCACCAGCUCCAACCUGUACCUCUUCAAGAUCAUCAUGAAGAAGAACAGUGCAGGCGAACUAGAGAAAAUGGUCUUUGGCACAGACUCGCUGAGUGACCGAGCUCGAUGGAUCAAUGCCCUCCUGAAGAAGCAAGAUGACCUCGUCAAUAAAGAAGGCCUCCUGCAGGUGGAGAUCAUCAAAGCACAUCUGGCCAAGCAGCCAGAUGAGCUGUCGCUGCAGCAGGCAGAUGUGGUGGUCGUUCUCCAGAAAGUAGAUGGCUGGUACCAUGGAGAGAGGAUACGUGAUUGGGAGAGAGGCUGGUUUCCCGAGUCGUGUGCCAAGGAGAUAACGAAUCACAUCGCAGUGCAACGAAACGUCCAGCGAAUGGAGAGGCUGCGAAUUGAAACUGAUGUUUAGCCAACCUUCCAACCCCUGUCCAGCUCUUGCAUCAAGACCAGAGUUCCACCUCCCCGCGGCAUAACACUGGGUCCCCAUUUUAACAGGUUCUGGGCUGCAGUUCCACAUCUGCUGCUCAUGACCAUGCACAUUGCCCCUUGAUCACAUCAUUGGCUAAAUAAUCAUCAAAUGCCCUUCAGGGUUCCCAGGAGCUAAGUCUGUUGCAAUGGGUUGCAGGGGCCCACCAAUUAUUUAAGCCUGGUAAGGAGACAAGUGUAUGUAUGUAAUAUUGUGUGCAAUUAACAUGUUCCAUCAGAGGCAGCCAAAUUUGAAUUCCUACAUGUGCUCCUUGAUGGUGACCAGAAAUGAUUGGUAUUCAUGUCGACGAUCUCACUUGCUUGUGAGCGCUCCGUAUAAGGCACUUUCAGAAAAGUAAUUUGAAAUGUUAUGUGUUAUUUUAAACUCAGGGCCCAUGUGAAUAAUUGGGAGAGGUUGGGGUUUUGGAGUUAACCCCAGUGAUGCCAAAUAGAUUCAGGACAGGUUCAGUUCAAAGACAUUUCUAAGGUUAUGCCGUCAUGAAUGUUUCAUACCCAGUCUGGGUGGGUUUAAAACAGUUGUAGAAAGUUUGUAUAAUCUGUGAUCAGUCAAUGAGUGGUGGCGUUUAUUGUGUAGAUCCAAAUCCAGUGAACUAAGCCACUGAUCAUUCACUCUUGUCAAUCAGGGUGCCUUGUAAAGCAGGAAAUUGAGUAAAAACUGUUUCCCAAGCCAACCUCCUUAAAAUGAUAAUGAGAGCAAGUGAGUGCAGCUGGAUAAGUAAGUGUGAGGUCUGGCAUGAGGAUGAGAAAGCUCAGUGGGUGAGAAGGGCAGGGGCAAAGAGAGAGUGAAUGAGGGCAGUGUGCGAGGAGAGAGAAGGUAAGUGGGGCAGUGGGUGAAGGGAGAGUGACUGUGUUAGGGUGAACAAUGCUCAUUACCUUCAGUUCAGUUGCUGAGGAACAACUAACCAACAAAGAUUCCUGCUCCUAGCUCUCACUUUGCAACCUCCAUUUUCUGAAUAGGAAACACGUGAUUCAUCAGAGUCCCAGAUUUGGAGACUUUGGAUUUUGAUUAUCUUCCAUUAUCAUGAACAGUGCUGGGGUGGAGAUAGAUUAUUCAUUUCUUAAACCAAUCUAAACACUGUGAAAAAUGAGCAACUCCAGAUGCUGCGAUCUGAAAUAAAAUCAGAAAAUUCUGUAAAUUGUCAACUGGUCAGGCAGCAUCUGUGGAGAGAGAAACGCAGCUAAUGUUUCACAUUGAUGAGGUCAUUGACCUGAAAUGUUGACUCUGUUUCUCUCUCCACAGACACUGAGUAUUUCCAACGUUUUGUUUUUAUUUUCUCAACAGCCUAGAACCAUUGUCAGCUCAGGGGACACAGCUCUAGCUCCAUAGAGAGUGUAAGGUGAUUCCCCCCAGAUCCUGUAUGGAUCGAGCUGCUGGGAAGAGUGCCUCCACCCCCAGACCACCACACAGCAUUCCUGAGGGGGUUCCCUUCCUGGUUCUGCCUUGUUAAAGGUUCUCAGUUUAGGGGAUGGGGAAACGGGAUGAAGAGAUGGAAGGAGAGAGAAGAUUGGCCAGUAUUCCAACCACUCCCUACCCAUGUGUGUAAAUCACCAGGACCCUUUGUCAGCUAGUUAGUGGGUUUCACUGCCAGGGCAGCCAGUGCCCUCACUGGAGGCAGUGGGAAGUGUGAGCUCGCUUUCCAUUCUCUCCAGUGUGCUGAGUGGCAACCACUGAAUCAUCAGCGUGGACUACUGAUUCAUUAUCACCAUCCUGUGUAACUUCAUUCCCAGUCUCUCAUGGGCGUGGGAGUGAAUAUGCUUCACUUUUGAAUAUGGUUUUGUUUGCCUGGCAUCUUUCCAAAACCAGCGAGCAGAAGCUUGAGAUUGACUGAUCCCAGUGUUGUAAACCUGGAGGGUUCAAAGCACUGUGGGACACUGUUUCUCUGCCCACUUUAACUUUGAGAUUAACUCUUAACUCAACCCAUGCAGUCUUUUAGAUGCAUUGGAAUCUGCCAAAUAUUUAUUAAUUAAAUGCCACAGAGUCUUGAAGAUUUAGUUUUUUAACAAUGUAUAAAUAAAUUUCAAACUUCUGUUAUGAUUUGGCAGUUUUCGAAAGCUACACCUCUCUUGCUCCGAUGGGACUGAGGAGUGAAUGUAAGGCAGACUUUGAGUUCCUUUGUAACCUUCUCCCCCUCUGUCCCUUUCACCCUCCUCAUCAACCCAGGUCCUCUCACACACAGCCUUCUUGUCAACCAGCCCCUUGUCACCCAGUUUCUUUCCCCUCCCCACCUACUCCAUCUGCCCA